AUGGCGAAGACUAAUGCGAUAUCCGAGAUCUCGUACAGUCACGUUCACGGUGACCCCGACCUCCAGGUCAGAGUUCAAGACUGCACCUUCCACGUCCACAAGACGGUCCUGAUGGAGACGUCCGACUACUUCCGCGCCAUGUUGGAAAGUGGCAUGAGAGAAAGUCGGGAAAACUCCGUCCAACUUCAAGGUUUCACGGCCGAAGCCUUUCAGAUCGUUCUGGACUUUCUGUACGAAUCCAAGCCGGUCAAAAUGGACGAUAAACUACACGGUGUUCUUGAGAUGGCACAGUUUCUCCAGAUGCGGCCAGUUCUGGACUAUAUCAAGAGUAAACUCAGCUGUGAGAACUGUGUCCAUCUGUACAUGCUGGCUGAUACCUAUGUGAUCAGCGAUCUGAAGGAAGCUGCAGCACAGCUCAUGGGGGACAAUUAUCUCAAGUUUCUUCGCUCGGAAGUUUUCGAAGAGCUGAGGGAGGACCAGCGAGAAGAGGUUCGGAAGACGCGCUUCAGACACCAGAAGUUCUUGUGUGGUGUGAACACGGGGUAUGUGACGUGGCCCGAGCCAGGUCCGAGAGAAUUCAUGUAUUACGACAGCUCAAAGGACUCCUGGAAAACAUUUGCGCAAAAGCCAGAGGAGGCUGGCAGAAGGAGGUGGAGCGUGGCCUUUCUGGACAACUACAUUUACGUCAUGGGAGGGUACAGCAAACACUUUCUCGGACACCCCUCCGGCGAUGGUGCAGUCCUAGGAGAUUCAUUCUGCUAUGACCCUGUUAAGAACAACUGGCUAGAAAUUCGCUCUAUGAGCGACGCCAGAGCUUAUUUUGGAGCAGUAGCUUACAAUGAGUCUGUUUACGCUAUCGGUGGGUUCCAGUAUCAUUUCCCUGUCAAAUCUGUGGAGAGAUACAUCCCUGAACAGGACAGGUGGGAGUUCAGACGGCCCUUACCCGGAGACUGGACUAACUACGAUCUAGCCGUCUUCUGCAAGGGGGACAUUUACAUCAACUCGGAAGACGAAGAUUCGGGAAAGUUUGCGCUUUUGAAAUACACGGCUCGUAGCAACCAAUGGGACGUGGUCUCGUUUUUACCUCGUGCAAGAGACAAGAACAGCAUGGCGGUGUCUGGGGAAACCAUCUACCUUCUUGGUGGGUUCGUUCCCGGUGUAGACUGCUUCAACGUCACGACAAAACAAUGGUUCUUACUGGAAGUCCACACAGCUACAGAAGGUAUAGCGUACGAGAGGGGCUGUACGGAAAUGGACGGGACGAUUUACGUGUUGAAUAGCGAGGACAUGGCGCGUUAUAUCCUGGAAGCGCAGGCUUGGGUGCAGGGGUUGUCAGCCUUUCCGGGAGGGUGUAAUGCUAACAAGGCUAUCGUAGUGCAUCUGCCCCCUGGACGACAGAACAUUUGA